CGCGAGAUCGAGUAACUUGUCGCACGUUCCUCAUCGACGAUCGUCGAUCAUACACAGCAAAAAAUCAUUCGAUCAGCCUAAAAGUAAGUUCUCUCCGCGAGGUAUUUGCAUUACAUCGCAAGGCACUUGUUAUUUUAUCCUUGUUCCUAACGAUUCUCUGAAUCGUCUUACAAAGGUUGACGACUCUUUAAGAUAUUUAGUGAUAAUUAAAACUGGAUUGACAAGAAUGAAGAUUGCUACUACAUUAUUUCUCUUCGUGGUUGUCGGAUGUACGUGGCGAGAGACACUAGGCACGUGUGUAUUUCAAUCGGACUUUGGUUUUGUUCUAAACUGCGCUUUCAAAAAGUCCGGUCUGUUCCGUGUCAGAAACCUGGGUGGUGUUAAGGGUUACGUCGGCCUCGGAUUUUCCAUUGGAGACGAGCUAGGCUUUAGCCAAUCGCUCUCCAAUUUGGAAAGUGCAAAAAGAAGAAGCGUGCAAUCGAACAAAGUUAAUGGACUCGUACUUAAUCCUCUGAAUGUGGCAAAUACUCGCGAUGAAACGCGUGCAAGCUCAUUAAAUACUCGUCAGGUAGUACCGCCCUUCAAGCCGUUGCCUAUCGGAACAAUCCGACCAAUGACUCAGCAACCUGAACGUCAGAAACUGAUAGUGAAUGCAACAGCUCUUAAAACAGGAUCAGUGAUGUCGGCGAUGCAGCAGGAAGCGCUGCGCCAGCAUCACGAACGACUUCACCAAGAAAAUAAGCUGAAGCAGCAGCAGAGAAUACAACAGGAGGCCUUAGCAAUACAAAUAUUGAAACAACAACGUCUACAGCAGCAAGAAGCUAUGAGGCAGCAGCAACUGCAACAACAAAAGAUGCAGCAACAACAGAAACAACAGCAACAACAAAUACUCGCGCAACGGCAACAGAUUAUGGCGAUAGAAAACAAGAAAGAUCAAUUACAGCCACAAGUGAUAGCAGUUGCGGGAACGAUGCCGAAACUACCUAUCAUCGCCGCAAUUCCGCCAGUUGGUAUGGUCCAGUCCGAAGUCCUUCCAUCAUCAUCAAAGGCAACGACAAAUUUGAUCUCGUCAAGCGCUGGCUUGCCACCUUUCAUCGCGAUGCCGCAAUCGUCGGUAAAACUCACAAACAGAAUUGGUGGUGGUGGCACCCUCUUGCAAGACUCCGACAACGAAGUAUCGAAAGAUGAUUUUACGCAGCCUGCUUCUGCAACUGAUGCCGGCCAAACGCUUCAACAAAAUGAAAAACGACAAUCUUUACCACUACCAAACAGUUUACCUUCCUUGGCUCCCAUCCAAGGGAUGGAAACCUCCUUGAAAGCCCUCGCAGAAGCAAGCAAUAUUACUCUAGAAGCUCUCGAAACAGCAAUUCUUUUGAGACAGCAACAGCUUCUUAAAAAACAACAGGGACCUACAAGUACCAGUACCACCACAACACCUACAAUCGCACCUCUUAAAAAUAAUAAAUAUACUUCCGGAACUACUAAAGUGAUGAAUGCGCCGCGGGAAUACUAUCCCGUUGGAUAUGAUAAGAACUUCGACGACAAUUUCGCAAGUCGCGUAGACCUGCCGGAUACGAGCUUCUAUUGUGGCGAUCAAAAACAUUUUCCAGGUCUCUAUGCUGACGAAGAUUUGGGAUGUAUGGUAUUUCACGUUUGCGCAUUGACGGACGAUGGCCUAAUCAUGAAGAGUUUCCUAUGCCCGGAAUCAACGCUGUUCGACCAAACGAUUCUAAAGUGCAACUGGUGGUUCUACGUAGAUUGUAAAUCUUCAAAGAACUUGUAUGAUAGUAAUAUACCUAUCAGCAAGAGCUAUCAACUGAUGAAAGCCUUGGCGUUCUUCUCGGCGUACAAAAAUCACGACAAUAGUACAAACAACGCGGAGAAAAGCGAAGAUGAUUCUUGAAACAAGAACAGCAGAUCAAUCAAAGAUUCAUAGAAUUAAUCAAAGAGUCAUAAGCUCAACAUUCCUGGAAACUGUCUUGUUUCCAUGAUGCAACUUCUCGUCUAGUUAAAAAAACUUUUUAUCUGUACAUAUAUAUAAUUUAUUAAUAGAGGAUAUAUAUAGUAUGUAGAUUUGUUUAGAGGCAAUGUAAAUAGUACACGUUCCUCGCUCAUUGUUGAAUAAUACAUAAUAUGUUUUUGUGUAAAA